AAGUCAAAUAAAAAAAAGAAAUUGAACAAUUUGUGUGAAAUGUUUUUCCACAUUUGCAAAGGUAUAUUAAUUGCUUCCCAAAAAUAAAGUAAGAAGAGGAAGCUGUCGAAGCAUUUUCAAGGCAUUUUCAACAUAUACCGUGCGAUAUAAUUGAUAAAAUGCUUCGAAAAGCGCAAUAAUUUUGUGGAUAUUUCGACAACACAAACAAGAAGACGAUAUGCAAUAGUUUCAGUGUCAUUUCAUCUCUUCUCUUCUUCUCGGUAUUUUUUUUUUGGAAAUCAAAAAUUGAAUGUGAAACUCUUGUCACUUGCCAUCUUUUUUAUUGUUUAAUUUGUGUGGUUUCAAUUGAGCUGCUAUUGUCUACUGUUCAAAUUAUCGUUAAAUUGAUCGACGAUUCCAUGUGGCAUAUAUACAUAUUUAUCGGGUAAAAGUGUAAAUAUUGUGGUGAAAAUAUCAAGGCUCAAAGGCUUAUUUUGUUCCGUGUUUUGACGGCAACCACUUACGACUCGAACACAAAUUUUGUAUAUUAAAACACAUUUUUGGAUUUAAUGUAUUGAACAAAAUAAAUGAACAAUAGCAUUCGAUGCACUCUAAAUUAAAUAAAAGUGUGAGUGAGCACAAGUCGAGAAUCGCAUCAAAUCAGAGAAUAACAUUAUUGGUGAAGAGAACAUAUGAAUAUUCAGAUAAAAAAUGAUUUACUAAAAAUGACAUUGUGCAUUGAGAUCCAUCGAUACGGAAUGAUGGAGUAAUUGAAUCAAACGUUAGUCACCAGUGUAUUUGUGCAGAAUGUAUGCGGCUGAGUGAAUCAAUGCACAUUGUACGAAUAAGAAGGAAAUGUAUGCUUCAACCUAAGCAUCUAUACCAUUAGAAAAUAAUAAUUCAAUUCCAUUAUUCGUUCAUCUUACUUAACAAAAUCUAAAACAACAACAAUUUCUUAUAUGAACGAUAUUAUUGAACAAGUUACAAGUUCUACAUACUUUCUCAGCAAACGAGCGCAACAUUUAAGGUUGCCGAUUGUAAGUGACUGUCCGGCCGGUCAAACAGAUAGAAUUGCGUCUAAUCUACAUUUACCAUCAAGUAGUAGUAAAAUGGCAGUGAGUCGUGUGCCGUCACCACCACUCCCUGAAGUAAAUACACCAGUUGCUGAAAACUGGUGUUACACACAGGUCAAAGUUGUGAAAUUCAGCUACAUGUGGACAAUAAAUAAUUUUAGUUUUUGUAGAGAGGAAAUGGGAGAAGUUUUAAAAUCAUCAACAUUUUCAGCUGGUGCUAAUGACAAACUUAAAUGGUGCCUACGAGUUAAUCCAAAAGGCUUAGAUGAAGAAAGUAAAGAUUAUUUGUCACUGUAUCUCCUAUUAGUCGCGUGUAAUAAAUCCGAGGUCAGAGCCAAAUUCAAAUUUUCAAUAUUGAAUGCGAAACGAGAAGAAACCAAAGCAAUGGAAUCACAGAGGGCUUACCGUUUUGUUCAAGGCAAAGAUUGGGGUUUCAAAAAGUUCAUUCGACGAGAUUUUUUACUAGAUGAAGUGAAUGGAUUAUUGCCAGAGGAUAAACUAACAAUAUUUUGUGAAGUUAGCGUUGUAGCUGAUAGUGUGAAUAUUUCCGGACAAAGUAAUAUAAUCCAAUUUAAAGUUCCCGAAUGCAAAUUAUCGGAAGAUUUGGGCAAUCUAUUCGAUAAUGAGCGCUUCAGUGAUGUAACACUAGCUGUAGGCGGUAGAGAAUUCCAAGCACACAAAGCAAUUUUAGCUGCACGAAGUCCUGUGUUUGCGGCAAUGUUUGAACAUGAAAUGGAAGAAAGAAAACAGAAUCGAGUAGCAAUUUCAGAUGUUGAUCACGAAGUGUUGAAGGAAAUGUUACGAUUUAUAUACACCGGCAAAGCACCAAACCUCGAAAAAAUGGCCGAUGAUUUAUUAGCGGCUGCCGACAAAUAUGCUUUGGAAAAACUGAAGGUGAUGUGCGAAGAAGCACUUUGUGUUAACCUAUCUGUGGAAACGGCGGCCGAUACGUUGAUUUUAGCCGAUUUACACAGUGCAGACCAAUUGAAAGCCCAAACGAUAGAUUUUAUCAACACACAUCCCACGGAUGUGACAGAAACAUUAGGAUGGAAGAAUAUGAUUGCAAGUCAUCCACAUCUCAUAGCUGAAGCUUAUGGAGCGUUAGCAACACAACAAAUCCCACCAAUUGGUCCACCCCGUAAACGCGUUAAGCUGAGCUGAAAUAAAGCUUUAGUAGCGUCUACAUAUAACCACAACAAUAUCAAACACAACGAUAAACACAGCAACAACAAUAGAAACAACAAUGUGAAUACUAAAAAAAUAUCAACAGCGAAUUCGACAUUUCAGCAGCAGCUGCAGCAACAGCAGCAGUAGCAUCAUCGGAGCACUCUGAAAGUGGCGAUUUUUAAACGCUAACAUUACCUAGACAUCAUUUAAACAUACACACACAUAUUCACAAUGAAAACGAAGACGAUGAAUAAAAAUGAAUAACGUAACUCAAAUCUUCACUGUGUUAUGAUACUUUAAAAGUGUUUCAACGACAUCAACAUAUGGAGAAAAGAGCGUAAUACGAUUUUUGAUUUGCAGUCAAAAUACAAAUUGUUCAUAUACAAAUUUUUGAAUCGUCGUCGAUUUAGAGAGAGAAAGAGGGAGGCGGAUAAAAGGGAAGAAUAUUGAAGAAUGAAUAAAUUAAAAUUAAAAUUAAGAAUGAAAAGCCAUUGUUGGCAAAACACAAUAACAAUUGAAUAUAUUAUAUAGCUCAGCGAUACAAAAACCACAACCAUUAUUUGACAUAAAUCGAACCCAUAUAAUUUUCAACAUAAAUAACGAAGAAAAGAAAACAUAGCAAUAUUAGGUAUUUACAUAAUUGUACAUAAACAAAAAUUAAGAGAAAAAAAUGGACACAACAACAACAACAAAAAAUAAAUAAAUGCAAAACUGAAAAAAUGGUGUGAAAUUUAAAGUGAAUAAAAUAACAAAUAUAAACAUGUAAAUACAAAAUACGAUGAGAGAAUAUUGUCAUUAAAACUUAAAGUGAAACCGAACCAUUUUUUCCUUCAUCAAAAGCAUCCAAAAGCCGAUGUCAUCGAGCAUUUCUACACAAUUUCAAAGCUGAAGAAUAAAAUUGGAAAAAUGUUUGAAUCUCACAUUGAAACGAAACUGACAAAGUUGAAUAUUUCAAAUCGAAUGGUUUUUUUUAUUCAUUUGUACUACGAUUUGAAGCAAACAAUAGCAACAACGGAACAGCAUUCAGAAACCAUUUUUUAUGUGUGUUUGUAGAUUAAUUUUUUUCUCUCUCAAGAUGAGAUUCAAUGAAUUUGACAAUGAUCUAAUUGUAUCUUUUGGAUUGGGUCUUUCCAAUGAAUCAAUUUUUUUUUCAAACCAAACAAAAGAAAUAAAUCUCUUAAGAAUGAAACAAUUGUACAAUUUAUAUGUAUCAACUUUUAUUGAUUUAAAAUGAAAACAAAAAGAAAAAGUAAUAUUGAACGAACGAUUUGGGGUGAUUUGUGCGAAGACAAAGUUCAAUUGUAUUUUGAAAGUUCACAUUUGGAACAUUUGUUCAUUUGUAAAUAAUUUGAUCGGUUCCAUGUCCCAUUGAACAUUGUAGUUUUACAUAAACAUAAUUAUGAUGACAUUUGCAGUGAGUAUGAUAAAUAAAGCAAAAAAUCGAUUCUUUUCAUAUUUGAUUUGUUUGAUUGAUUAAUUGAGAUCGCAAUUAUAACGCAGGAAUAUAAGAAGAUACAAAAACAAAAUAGUAAUGUAAAACAACUAAAGUUGAUAGAUUUGAGAUUUUCCAAUAGAAAUUUCACAAAAGUUGAUGAUAAAAUGAAAUAAUAACACAGUCAUAACAAAUGAAUUGAAUGACGGUAAUAUUCUUAUCGAAAUAUUUUGUUCAAACCAAACAGUGUGAUGUUUUAGCAGUUAUUUUAUACCAGCUGGUAAAUAGACGCAUAAUGAAAAAAAAAAUGAAUUUUUUAAGUAUUCUGGAUAACUCAAAUAAAAUAGAUAACUGAAAAUUUUAAA